UCAACAAGCCGCCAGUGCGAGCGGCUCCGAGCCCGGGACUACUUCUUCUACUCUCAUCCUAACGGCGGAUUAUCGCUUUAUCGUUACACAACUCGAGCUCUGUGGACGCGGAGCUGAGAGAUGCCGCUCCUCCACAGGAGAGCCUUCAUCCGGCACAGACCUCCGGCUGACCUGCGGCCGGACGAGGAGGUUUUCCUCUGUAAGAUCACCCACGAGAUCUUCAGAAGCUACGAUGAGUUUUUCGAGCGCACCAUCCUCUGCAACAGUCUGGUGUGGAGCUGCGCUCUGACAGGGCGAGCAGGCCUGACUUACCUGGAAGCGGUGGAGAGCGAGCGGCGGGCGAAGCAGAGCUUACAGAGCUUUCCAACAUCACUGGUGGUUCCUCUGCUCCACCUGGCCGCUCUGAGCCACCGCUGCAGACUGUCGGAGCUCUGCGAGGACGUCUACACCUUCGUCAAAGACCGCUUCUUCCCCGGAGAGACCGUAGAUGUCUCAGUACGCAAUGGAGCCAGACAUGUGUGCGAGAUCCUGCAGGUUAACUCUCCUCAUUCCAGCGCUAACGGAGCGCCAGCCGUUAACGGCCAUGCCAAACCAGCUGAAGGUGACACUAUUGUCAUCAGCGACAGCGACGAGGAGAGCAAAGACUUCCAGAGCCCCACAGCACAGGUCAACGGCAGGAAGAAGAAGUCUCUAAACCCGUCAGUGUUUAAAUACACAGUGAGGAUGAUGAAGGACGAACACAGCGAGCCGUUCACUGUGAAAGCCAACCAGCUCAGUCGCAGGAAGACCCUGGUGUCCCGAGAGAAACUGAAGCUGCUCUUUAAGCAGCACUGUGAGCCACAGAACGGGACCAUCGCACUGAAGUCCUCCACAGUGAUGAAGUACGGACUGUCUGAACAAACAUUCUCUCAGUUCUUCCCUGAUGAGCCC